AUGGCACAGCGAAGCAGACGCAACGUCUCGCUCAUCGUCGCGUGCUCUUUGAACCGCGUGAUCGGUAAACGAGGCACAUUGCCCUGGAACAUCCCCGCGGACUGGGCGUUCUUCUGCUCCGCCACGAAGCACCAGGUGCUGAUUGUCGGUCGACGGUCCUUCGAAGAGUUUGGCGAGCCGAUUCGGAACCGCCAGACGAUUGUCGUCUCCUCGACGCUGGAACAGGCACAAGUCGACGCUGCUGGAGGUCGAAGGGGGUCCGACGUUCGCGUCGCUCGGACGCUGGAUGAGGCACUUGGCCUUGUCGACUCGGAACCGCAGUAUGUCGAGUGUACCCGCGUGUUCAUCGGAGGCGGCGAGAGACUGUACAGUGAAGCAAUGACUGCUGACGUGGUCGAGUCGUGCUACGUCUCGAGAGUGCACCGGUGGAUUGACGACGGCGAUGCCUUUUUUCCAGAGUGGACGACGCGGUUCCCGAAGCUGAUGUUCUCGGCGAAAGCCAAUGGAAGAGGAAGUACGAGGGUGAGCUUUGAGAUAUGGGGAAAGUAG